CAAAAGUCUCGGGAGGGGAGAAAAAAAAAUAAUACCAAAAAGAAAAAAGGUGUAUAAAAAACGAAGCGACGUCGCCGCCGACGCCGCUGCUCUUGGCCAGGUCUCAAGUGCGAUAUAAAAGCCCGGCCACCAGCCGAUCAGCGAUCCACAGUCCAAAGUCGCUUGCAGCUAAAGACAUCCCAGUGCACAGAGUUUAACCACCCCAGAAAAUAUGUUCAAAUUCGUGUUGAUCGCCAGCCUGCUGGUCGCCAUUUCCCUGGCAGCUCCUGCCCGCGAAGAGACCGAUGCGGAAAAGGCUGAGAGGGAGGAGUACGAGAAAUAUCAGAAUGAAAAUGCACAAUACGCGUUCAGUUCCAAGGUGGACGAUAAAAUUAACGACGGACUCAUUACCCGGACUGAGGAGCGUGAAGGAGGCACAGUGCGUGGUUCCUACAGCUACUUCGAUGGAUUUGUGCAACGCCUUGUCGAGUACAUCGCUGACGAGAAUGGCUACAGGGUGCUUAAGGACGAGAUGAAGGACGUUGGCAAUGGCCCACAGUUCAAUCCCGAGGGCCAAGCCGACGUAGAGGGUUCUCUGAUCGGCAAGUACUCCAUCAAGUUGGACAAGACCGACGACGAGAAGCACUACAAGGACAUUCACGCCUAAGAGAAUAUGAGUUGCAGAUUUCUAACAUUUAGAAAUGGACUGAAUACAUCGUAGAGCCUUAAAGUAAUGUAAACACCUUCUGAACAAAAAUUGUAUUUUUUCUCCGAAAUAAAACAUCAACAAAAUUAA